AUGCUAAAAGGUAUAAUGGUCAGUCAGAGCCUUGCCUUCAUUACUUGUCCUACUCCAGUCACAAGGGACAACGCCUUGCAAUGUACCAAGGAAAACUACGAGGAGCUCAACUAUCACUCCCCCAGCGUCUGGUACACUCUAUCGUCAAACUCGUCCGGACAAGUUUAUCCUUUCUGGUGGAUCCGUGAGUCUGCCCCAUGCUGCCGUCAUUGCGUGUGGGACCUUGGCUAUCCGUUCAUCGACCCAAUCAUUCUCGCGUCCGAUAGAGCUUCGUCCAACACUACUGACGUCCUUGACUGCUCCAGAUUCAAGGUUCAAUUUGAUUCUUUGGAUACAAGUGGAGAUGGAUAUCUUUCUUCGAGCGAGAUGGAAACUUUUCUCAGUGUCGAUUUGAAUGGAUGGCUUGUUGCGCGUGAUCGCCUCAACAAGACUGUUUUCUUUGAGUACACGGAUUUGAACAAGGACUAUAAAAUUUCUCUGAAUGAAUGGCUUGUGAUGAGGCACUUUUGGUCUCUGGUGCAACUUGCAGAGACAGGGCCUAAGGUCAUGAUGGAUGAAAACCUACCUUCUGGUCCGCUGGGAGGGUUUUACAUGACAGAAGAGAUCAUUGACAUCGUCGUCACCAACAUUGUGAACCUCCUCCUCGAACAAAUCUCUAGCUCGAAAUGCACCUACUGCUCCUGCUGCCCACAGACAAUCACUCCCUGCCCUUCAUCGUGCCCAUGGAGCAGUACGGGGAUCAGAGUCUUCAAUGCAGAGGAGAAGAAGUUCGUCCUGAUAGCAUGGGACUUGGAUGGGAGCACGAGAAUCUCGCUGGAAGAGCAUUAUUUCCGCGUUUUUGCAGACAGGGACAGGAAUGGAGUGAUUGAUGUUGAAGAAUUCUACCUCUCUCUGUACCAGAACACUCUCCCCGAUGGGUCGCUCGACUCUUCUUCCAUCAAGUACAACUUCAACAAACAUGACCUGGUUGUGAAUGGUAUUCAGGUGUACAAGCAUAUCAGAGAUUGUUGCCUGAUGAUCGCAACGUGGAAUGAAGUUACAUCUCAACUGCUAUGGUCGUCAACUGUCGUUCAAAAGCCCUCGGUCGAGUACUCUUCCUUGAAACCACCCAUCACUGGAGCAACGGACUACGGGACGAUGCAGGGGGCGCUCUUUGCAUCGUGGAAGGGGAAAGUGCAGCUGGACAAUGACUACACCUGCUCUGAUUCCUUCGGCAUCUCAACUCUCCUCGAUGGCUUCAUCGUUGUCGUCAGGUCGACCGCUGACACGAUCUCCCUUGCGUCUGCUGUCAUCUUCAUGGUCUAUUCAUCCGCAUUCGUCAACUUCGUUUGCUUCCUCUUCCUCCUCCUCAUUGGCGUCGGGCAUCUGCUGUGGCUGGUGGAGAGGAAAGAGAAUCCAGAGCAGUUCAAUCCGUUGUACGCCAGAGGAGUCCUCGACGGCGCUUGGUUCUGCAUCGUCACGAUGACAACUGUCGGUUAUGGAGACAAAGUUCCUGUGACCGGGCUAGGAAAAGCCAUAACAGCCGUCUGGAUGCUCUUUGGCAUUAUCGUCUUUGGGGUGUUUGCGGGUCAAAUCUCCUCCAACGUCAACGUCUUGAGUGCAGAGGCUUCAAUCAGUGACGUGACCACCAUCGGGGGCUUCACGGUUGGAGUCCUCCAGUCCACAGAUUUUGUGGAGCUCGAUCAGAUUUAUCAGUUCACAGCGUCAUACUGCCCGGAUCUGAAGAGCUGCUUCGACAAGCUGGACAAGAAAACUGUCUCUGCCCUCCUGCUCCCUCAGGUCGACGUCCUGACGUACUUCAUCGAGAACAAACUGGCGCAGUCCAACUGUGGGAAUCCCUAUAGAAUCACCGGCUCCCCUGUUCUCCAGGACAAGUACUUCUCGGCAAGGUUCUGCUCGUAUGGAAGGGAAAUCUUUGCGGCGACUUACCUGGUAAAUGGUGUCAACUCGAUCCUGGCGACAUUGAGAGAAAAUGGCUUCACCGACGAACUUGCCCAGGCAGUUAUGAGCGCUGCCGAAGACACGUCGUCUGCUAGCUCCUGCAGCCCCCCCAACCCCUUCAACCUCUCCGUUAUCAUCCCGGCAGCCGCCAUUCUCAUCUUGUACUACACCAUCAUCUACUACAUCAACUUCAUAAGGAGGAAGAUUCAGAAGCAAACCAUGGAUGCUCUGUUCAGCAAGACGUCAAACAAGACAUCAGCUCAGAUUGCUCUCUACUACGGGAGAAAGUGGAAAGAGCUUGCGAGACACAAAGCAGAGAUCCGAAGAGUAGGAGGCGAGAUUUUACCUCCUUCCGUCCCCAACGCCUAUUCCCAAGACGAUCGCCUACUCCACUUCCUCCGGCGAGCAAAGAUUCUCACCUCCGGCCAGACAAGAGACUUGCAGAGGCUGCAGGAUGAGAUGAAAUCUUUUGUCGCCUCGACAAGACGGACGUGUAAGAUCGUCGUCUUUGCGAUCCUCCUCCUGGUGUGUGCAGUUACCUCCGUGGUGUACUCUAUUGUAAUCGUAUCGAAAACCCGACAAGUUUAUGUCCAAGUUGGCUCGCAAUGA